AUGACCGAUUUACCAGACUCGACAAUGCGGUUGGAGCACAAAAAGGUCAAGUCAUCCUAUCUUUUCCACUCAUACGAUAGUUUCCAUCUCGAGUCUACCGGAUGGUUGGAGGUUGCGCUUUGGAAAUACGGACCCAUUUGUCUUCUCACUCCGCCUCCCGACUUGCAGGGCUUGCCAAAUCAGCAAGCGCCACCGACAGCCAAUCAGGCGCAUCAGAGAAAAGACAUUCACUCCAAACUCUCGAUGCUCAGUCUACCAAUCAGAGGCAAGGCCAUGAACUUCAAGCUGCUACUCGCCUCAUAUUUUGUGUUUGUAGAUGAACAGGCCAUUUGGAACCGGCAUCGUUUCCUGCCCUUUAUUGGGCCCAGACUUCGCCCCAUUUCCAAAAACCAGAACCAGGGGUCUACUCGCCUCUUCGCUCCUCCAAUGAACAGUCCACUUCAUCAGCCGCCUGGCCACGACACCAACACCGCCGUCGCUCCGCAGAUCGCCUUCUCAUUCUACCAGCGAAUUUACAUUCCAGCCGUGGCUUCUUCUCUCCACGAGAGGUCUCUCCCUCCCACCAUUGCCGCCUCGAGUCAAUCGUCAGCCUCUCCACUCAAUCGAAUAUCUCAUCACUUCAUUCAAUACUUUUUCACUUCACCGAAGUCUCCAUUCCACCGACAGCAUCUUAGCUCCACCAACUUCUUUUCCACUCCACCGAGUUCUCAUUCCCCUUAA